UCCCUCCCUCUCUCCUCUGGCAGAAUGGAAAUGAUGGAGAGCUGCCAGUUCUCCCCAUCCGAAUUUUUCUACGACAGCUCCUGCAUCCCUUCUCCAGAAGGGGACUUCGGGGAUGAGUUUGAGUCCAGAAUGACUUCUUUCGGAGCCCACAAAACAGACCUCCAAGGCUCGGACGAAGAGGAGCAUGUGCGAGCCCCGACGGGUCACCACCAAGCGGGCCAUUGCCUCAUGUGGGCUUGCAAAGCCUGCAAGAGGAAGUCUACCACCAUGGACAGAAGGAAGGCGGCCACCAUGCGGGAAAGGCGGAGGCUGAAGAAGGUGAACCAGGCUUUUGAGACACUGAAGAGGUGUACUACGGCCAAUCCUAACCAGAGACUCCCCAAGGUAGAGAUCCUCAGGAAUGCUAUCAGAUACAUCGAGAGCCUCCAAGAACUGCUGAGGGAACAGGUCGAAAACUACUAUACUCUACCCGGGCAGAGCUGUUCUGAACCUACCAGCCCCACUUCCAACUGCUCAGAUGGGAUGGCUGAAUGCAACAGCCCUGUGUGGUCCAGAAGAAACAGCAGUUUUGACAGUGUCUACUGCCCUGAUAUGACAAAUGUUUCCUCCAACGACAAAAAUUCCACAUUAUCCAGUUUGGAUUGCUUAUCCAGCAUAGUGGAUCGGAUCUCAUCGUCUGACCAACCCGUGUUGACUCUUCAAGACCCUGUUUCUCUCUCUUCAAUUGCCAGCACUGACUCUCAGCCAGAAACACCAGGGGCCCCUAAUUCCAGGCUCAUCUAUCAUGUGCUAUGAACUCUGAGACUUGAGAUUAACUCCACUCACUGAUUUUUCCUCCAAGUACAGAAUUAACAGGAAAGCCUGUUAAACCAUGAAACAGGAGGCUGUGCAAAUUUCCAAGCUAAGACACUCUGUAUAUAAAUAUUUCAUGUUAGUUGUAUAUUUGUGAAUACUAUUUUGCCACUUUAUAAGAAAAUGUAUUUAACUAAAAAUCAUCAUCAUACGAAUGCUUUGUUUUUACUUUUGAUAUAUAUUUUAAUAUUAUUAUUCAUGGCAGAAGGUUGUGGGGAGGGAUAACUCGCGGAAGUACUUAAGUUAUAUUUUCAUAAAUGUUACUUAUCAAAAACAUUCUUUCAUUGUUAUUAGAACGGCAUUUUAUACUUUAAAAGAUGGGUGGGAUCAGUUAUAGAAGACUUUAAUCAUAGUUCAAUUUUGCUUGCUCCUAAAGUCAGUUUUAUCAAAUACAAAGAAAAAAUA